UUACCUCAAUAUGUAUUGAAAAACACAUGCAUAAGAAAAUGCGUAACUUAACAUCAAGACGAUUGGAUGUUCCUUCAAUUGCUUUUAAAGUUGGAAGAAGUGAAAAGUUAAGAAGAAGUCCUCGAAAAUUACAAGAAAAUACACAGCGUGUUAUAAAGGAAGAAAAAUGGAAGAAUUUGCUGUCUGGUUACAAGUUUUAUUUAGAUGUUGCUCAAGCUAAGUCAACUGAAAUUCGUCGUCAGAUUUUAAGCCUUGGAGGAGAAGUUGAAGAGUUUUUAAGCAAAGAUAUUAAAGUUGUUAUAACCAGUCAAACAACGGGAAACAUUGGUAGCCCUAAGUUUGUUGGAAAUACCCCAAUAUCUAAUCGGCCCAGCUUGAUGCAAGUUAUUUCAAGCAAACGUGCAAUCUUACAGCAACCUUCACCAUUUAGUUCAGACUCUCCUCAACUCAGCAAUGAUGCUGUGAAAUUGAAGAACAGCAAUAUAUCUAUCACUCGAGGAAAGAUGGCUCUAAACAAAGUGUUACCUACAAAACAUAGUUAUGGAUCCAAUGAUAUCAUUGGAAAAGCAAUUCAGCUAGGAGUGCAAGUGAUAUCCAUUGAAGAUUUUACACAAUGCUAUUUAAGAAAAUCAAAAAAAGAAAAAGAUAGCAAAAAAUCACACAAAAUGCUCUCUUCUAGUCGAUUUAAAAAGAGCGCAACAGAUAAUCAAGUGACAAGAUUAAAGGAAACUUUUUUCAAGUUGGAAGACAAGUCUAGAUGUUUUCGCCCGCUAGUUUAUCAAAUGAAGCAAUGGCCUAAAAUUUAUUAUAAAACAUAUCUUUAUCAAUGUCCUUUUGAAUUGCCAAAUACAAAGCAGCUAGAAGUAUCUGAAAAACCUGAUCCAGGACUGUUAACUGCAGAACUUGAAAGUGAUAUAAAAGCUGUAAAAGUGCAUUUUACAGAACAAAGCAAGAGUAAAGAAUCUUAUAAGUGCCGAUCUAAAAAAUGUGGAUAUUGUGACUGUUGCAAUAUGCGAUACAAUGAUUUAUCUAAGCAUUUGCAAGGUGAGAAUCACAAAAGGUUCGUUGAAAAUGCUGUUAACUUUACAUCUCUUGACAAACUUAUAGCAGAAGGUACUUCAUUCAAAGAUUUUCUUAUGCAUGCUAAAAAAAAGAAAAGGUCAGUUUUAAAAGAAAAAAAUAGCUCAAUCGAAGAAGUCGAUCUAAAUCAAAAAACUAUUGUUAAAAAUAUUUGCGACGACACUCAUCUUAAAAAUUAUAAAAGUAUUUGCGAUGACUCUCAACCUAAAAAACGUCUAACUUUUGAUACCAACAAUCUUCAAUUGAGCUUCUUCUCAAAUAGAGAAAAUAAAGAAGUCAUCGAAAGUUGUCAAUGUCAGCACCAACUCAACAAUGAGUGUUUUUUUUGCAAUGCUCUAAAGAAUGAUGAAAAAAAAUGCAUCUAUCCAAAGUCAAAUAAUGAGUGCACAGUUGCUUUGAAUAAUCCAUCUGGACGCACUUGCGAAGGAUUUUCACUCUUAAAUGUAGGAGAUAGUUUUAAAGAAGUUAAAUCAAUCAGGUUAAAAGAAAAUAUAUCUAAAGCAGAUGAAAAAGAAAAUUUUAUGAAUCUGUUUGAUAGUGAGAUAGGCCUGGAGAAUCAAGCUGAUAAUAUAAAUCAGACUUCUCUUGAAUCUCUUUUUGUUUCAGAAAUAAGAAAUAUGAACUUUCCUAAAUCUUUUCAAAAUAUAUGUGAUGAAGAACUUUAUGAAAAGCCUCCAAUAUUAAGUGCACAGCCAAAUCAAAACGAAAUUUAUGACGAAAAAAUAACACCAUCUAAAAUUUUCAAAAGAAGAGACAGUUGUUUUAGCGAGUUAUCUGAAAAUGCAGCAAAUUUAGCCAAUACUUCUAUAGUAAGUAGUGAAUACGAAGUUUUAUCAGAAAGUUAUUUUCCUCGCAGGAUAUUUGCUGAAUCUGGUAAAGCUGGACAUUAUUUAAACUCGCCCGAGUCUUGCUUAAAAAAUUCGCAGUAUAUUCAAUAUGACAAAGAAGAUCAACCGAAACAACAAUCAACACCGAAAAUGUUGGUUAAAGCUGUUAAAUCUUUUGCCAAAGUUAUUUUAGUGCAAGAUUUUAAUGAGGUUUUGGAAGAAGCAAACUAUUCUAUAAAUAUCGAAAAGCAUACGUCGAAGCCUUUUCAAAAACGAAUUGCGUCGCCUGAGGACUAUAUAAGGCGACGAAAACGUAGCCGAACUAGUAACAAUUAAUUAUGAUUAUAUUUAAACCUAACUGAUAGUAAAAUUUAUACUUUUUACAUUAUUCUUAAAAUGACGACACUUGCUUUUUUGUUUUAUAUAAACAAAAAGACAAAAAUCAUCUUUUUCAUAGAAUAUGAAUUUGUCAGUGACCUGAUAUCAAAAAAACUCGUUAAAAGAGUUUUUUUUUUUUAUUAUUAUCUAUUUACGACAAAGCAUUUUCUAUCUAUUAUCAACAUAAGUUCUUUGUCAAUUAUUAAUAAAUGACAAUAUUUCUAAUAUAAGAAAUUUAUUUUCUUAAUUAUAAAUUUAUUUAUUCAAAAAAAUCUCUGAGAUUCAUAAUGUUGCAUAGUUUUUUUGUUUGUUUAUUUGUUUAGUUCUUUUUUAUUCUAUUUUUAUUCUCUUUAAUUUGUCUUUUGAAAGUUUUUUUCGAUUAUCGUUUUGCGUUUUUAUGCGUUUAUUAAUGCCAAUGUCAAAAAAUUGUGGAAAAUAUUUUUAUGCGCCUUGAAAGCCUAACAUCAACAUUAUUAGAUUUUUAAAGCCUAACAUGAAAAUCAUUGUUUAAAAGUUGUAAUUACAAAGUAUUGCUUAUAGUAACUUCACUUUCUAAAGUUUUUGAUUUUAUCCUUUUUAUAUUAUUUUGGUAAUAAUAUAAAAAUGAAAGAUGACGUUUUACUAUUGUUGAAUAAUUACAGA